GAAUUAUUCAAAAAAAUCUACAAAUUAAUUAUUUUACUGUGUUUUAGUAAAAUUGAAAGUAUAACCAAGUAAUUCCUUUGAAAAUCAGCUUCAAAUAGAACAUAUGAGUAUGAAAAGUCAUCAAAUAAGUGAGUGAAAAGUGAAGAAAUCUGUAAUCAAUAAAUUUGGCGCCAAAAUACACAUAAAAUUUUAAAAUAUUGUUUAAAUAAAUUACCAGCUCAAAAUGUUUAUUAAGAAUAUAAAAAUUGGUGGUUUAUUGGGCAUUAAAGACAUCAAGGAACAAAACUUUACAUACAAAGAUGACCAAAACACAGAUUCUGAGAAUAACUAUGUAAACAGCAUAAAUGACAAAAGAAUCAUUCAAGGAUUAAUGCUUAUAUUUGACUUAAAAUAUGAUUCAAAGUUUGAUUACAAAGAUAUCAUUAAUAAGGACCAUAAAGGAGAGUCAUUUGUGGAAAUAACAUUGCAUCAAAAGGAAGGCGACAAGUUUAGUCACUACGAUUGGUUAAUAAGAAAUGAGCUAAAGUUAAAGCGAGUCCUUCAAAAUCCAAAAGGGAUCUUUAUCAACAAGAAACGAUGUGAAUUGAGCAUUUUCCAUCAUGCAUUGAUCAGCUUAGGUUUUCAAAAUGUCAACAAUCUUACGAUUCAUAAGUUAAUGGAUGAUGAUAUCAAAAAAGUCAGCAAAUUUGCUGGUGAUGAUUUCUGGAACAUGCUGAUUAAAAUGAUUGAACAUGAAGAGAUAAUUGAGAUGGUUGAGCGACGUGAGGGCGUCGUGAAACAAAAAGCAAUGUCUAGGUCAUACGAAAUUGUAGCAGAUACAGUUCUUAGGGAAAUUCCCAAAAAGGUGCAGCUCAGAAAUGACAUUUAUGAGCGAAUCCAAUUAAACAAGAGUUUUUUCUCACUACUUUAUAUCAUUAAUGAACGAAAAAUUGAUUUCUUCAACACACAAAAAGGUUUAAUAGAUGAAAAAGUUCAGAAUAUUAAGCAAGAAAUCAAUGCUAGUGUCAGCGACGAGCACAAGAAGGAACAAGAAUGUUUUGUAAAUUUAAAUCAUAUUUUGACGUCUGAAAAUAUCCUUAAUAAUUUCCAAGAGAUGCAUCAUGAGCUUAACUGUUUUGCAGAGUCUUAUAAAGGAGAAGCACGUGAACAACUAAUUUUCUACUUCCUUGAAGGCUUUGCAAAAUUCACAACAUUAAGCAUGGAUGAAUAUUUUGAUGCUGAUUAUGACCCCAAUAAAUUUGUAGAUAAUGAAAUUGCAGCAGCUAAAUUAACCCUCUCAGAAUCGAUUAAGCAUGACAAAUUUGAAGAAACUAAGGAAGUCCUUAAAGCACUUAACGAGUUUGACCAGAAAUUUGUUAAUUUUGUAGAAUCAGAUGAAGCAUUUCCGUUAUUUGACAGCAUCAAUAAGGCUGAUUGUAGCAUGGCUACUGAUUUAAUCUCAGAAUUUGAACAAUGGAGAAUUAAUGAGGAACUGUCAACAGCUGAAUCGAUGAAAAAUUUAAGCACAGCUGAAGAAUAUUUAUUGCAAAUCAAUAAACAUUUGGUGAAUCUGAAAUUAUCAAAUGACGAGUUUGAGACUCUAAUAAAAAUUGAGAAAUUAAUCGACUCUUUAAUUGAGAUUAAAAAUGAUUAUUUAGGUCCAGUUUUCAACUUCCUUGACACAACUUCAGGUUUGGAUGUUAAAAUGUGGAAUGACAUUUCGUCCGUAGCUUACACAAUUUUAUUCAAGACAUCAGAUACUAAGAUAUAUUUUGUUGAAAAGUUUCUGGCAGUUGAAAAGGAAUUUGACCAAAUCAAGUUCUGCUCGAUCGAUGACUAUCCAAUACAGGAAUUUGAUGAGAAUAUCCACGAAAGUGAGUCAUUUAUAUCGAUGAGAAAUUUAAUUAAAAAGAAUCUCAGCUCUAAAAAACUAGAAAGUGUCAUUAUGUCAAUGCUAUAUCCAUAUCUUCUUGCUAACGAGACAGAUUAUGAUGAUUUGGAAGUUGAUGAGCUUGGAGCUUUUUGUAUUAAACUUUAUGAUAAUAAUUCAUCAAUUUCUCAUUAUGAUGGAGCUGCAAUAAUUAACAGUGAAUGGAACAACAUUUGGGAACAGUCAGAAAAAGGUCCAGUUGAAGUAGCUCAAGAUUAUUAUAAACUUGUUAAGGAAUACAUGAAAAUUGCCGAUAAAAUUAAUAAUAAACUUAAAAUUACUGAAAAAUUCGAAGACAUAAAGUUCACAGCACUCGAUGAACGUGUCACUAAAAUUUCCAUUAGUACAACAAUCAAUAAUGACAAAAAUGAUCCAAUGAUCAAUGCCAGAAAGGAUAUCCUGAACAAAAUGAAUGAAGUACUGAAAGCAAGUCAAGAAGAAUGUGAAAAAUUGGACACAAAUGAAUUAAAAGAACAAGUAAAUUUCACAGCAAUGACAUCGGCUUAUGAACAAUAUAAUCACAUAAACAGCACAGUUAUAGAUCAAAACCUUUUAGUCCAAUUCAACAACUUAAAAUUGUCACAGAUUUUUGCGAAAUGUGAAAGAGCUCACAAGAGAAACAGAACUGACAAAAUCCAGAAUAUGAAGGAAUCUGAAAGGUUUCAAGAGCUUUUAAAGAAGAUUGACAUAUUUGAAGCUUUAAAGAAUGAUAAGGAAAAAGCUCUCGAGCAAUUACAAGAUAAUGCUGAAGUUUAUGUCAAAGAAUUGUCUGAAAAUUACGAACAAAUGAGAGAUUUUGGAACUUUAUAUGCUGAAAAAGUUGUUGUCGAAGACAUGAACAGCUUCCUCAAUCAAUCACUUAAAGACAUCAAUAAUUACAGCACAGUAAGCUUUAAGCAGUCAAUUUAUGAUGAAUUUCAAAAUCAGGACUUGGAAGUUAUUGUCAAUGAGAUUUCUGAUGUUUAUGCUCGACUUCUUCGACUUAAAGCUGUUAAUAGAAUGGAUCUUAAAUGCUUAAAUCCAGCUGCGUAUCAAAACUUGAUCGAUUCUUUAGGAAAAGUUAAGGAAUUCUCGAAUAAGGAUCUUUAUAAUCCAACAAAAGUUAGAAAACGAGCAUAUCCAUUAAUGAAUGUUGUUGUUGUUAAAGUUCUUAAGGAUACGGUCUAUAACUUUACAGUCACUUACAAUUCUGUGCUGUCUGACUACAUCUUGAACUCAAAUCUAUUCUUCUACACGAAAACGGAAUUGAAUGAAGUUGAUGACACAAACUUUACUUGGAGAUACUUUGACAUUUCAAAAUUAAAGUCUAUUGAGUUUGUGGAGAAAUGGAAGGACGAAAAGAGAAUUUUGCCAUCGACAUGUCGACAACUUAUUAAAGCUUUGCUGCUUAUUCUGCACAUUAUAAAUUAUUUGUCUGUUUUUAAGUUCAUUAUUAUUAGUGAGAAGCUAUUUGAGGGAAUGGACAAAGACUUAGUCAAUCAGCUACGCAAAUUUUUGAAGAGCAUUUCGAAAUUUGUUCAGAUAGUUUUGUAUGAAGAAUCUAGAAAUAAUGAAAAUGUUCAGCCAAUGGAAGUCGAUGAGAUUGAUUAUUUAGAAGAAUAAGGACGACAAUAAAUAGUUGAGUGCUGUGAACAUUAAAGUUAAGUUAAUUAAUUAAAGUUUUUACCUAAUAAGAUUUUUAAUAAAGUAAGUUAUAAAAUCUCUGAGC